ACUUCCGGGCCGGUCGAAGCCCUUUCCUCGGACAUGACGACAGAGUGUCAACAUGCAAGAUGGCGGCGCAUCACCGACAGAACACGGCGGGGCGGCGGAAAGUGCAGGUCUCCUAUGUAAUUAGAGAUGAAGUGGAGAAGUACAAUCGGAACGGCGUAAAUGCACUGCAGCUUGAUCCAGCACUAAACAGACUCUUCACAGCGGGCCGCGACUCCAUCAUCAGGAUAUGGAGUGUCAACCAGCACAAGCAAGAUCCUUAUAUAGCAUCUAUGGAACAUCAUACAGACUGGGUGAAUGAUAUUGUACUCUGCUGCAAUGGCAAAACUUUAAUAUCUGCUUCUUCCGAUACUACUGUUAAAGUAUGGAAUGCACACAAGGGAUUUUGCAUGUCCACACUAAGGACGCACAAGGAUUAUGUAAAAGCCUUGGCGUAUGCAAAAGAUAAAGAAUUGGUUGCGUCUGCUGGGCUGGACAGACAGAUAUUCCUCUGGGAUGUAAAUACGCUAACAGCACUGACUGCCUCAAAUAACACUGUCACAACUUCUUCUCUCAGUGGGAACAAAGAUUCUAUCUACAGCCUUGCCAUGAAUCAGAUGGGAACAGUAAUUGUAUCAGGGUCCACUGAAAAGGUUUUAAGGGUUUGGGAUCCCAGAACCUGUGCAAAGCUUAUGAAACUUAAAGGGCACACAGACAACGUUAAAGCUUUGCUGUUGAACAGAGAUGGCACACAGUGUCUUUCCGGCAGUUCUGACGGGACCAUCAGACUCUGGUCUCUCGGUCAGCAGAGGUGCAUAGCUACCUACAGAGUCCACGACGAAGGAGUCUGGGCCCUGCAGGUCAACGAAGCCUUCACUCACGUUUAUUCGGGCGGAAGAGACCGAAAGAUAUAUUGUACGGAUUUACGGAAUCCUGAUAUCCGGGUGUUGAUCUGUGAAGAAAAGGCGCCAGUUCUUAAGAUGGAACUCGAUCGCUCAGCAGAUCCUCCUCCAGCUCUUUGGGUUGCCACGACUAAAUCAUCUGUGAACAAAUGGACUUUGAAGGGAAUUCACAACUUCAGGGCUUCGGGGGACUACGACAACGAUUGCACUAAUCCUAUUACACCUCUCUGCACACAGCCUGACCAAGUUAUUAAAGGGGGUGCUAGUAUUAUUCAGUGCCACAUUCUCAACGACAAGAGACACAUAUUAACCAAAGAUACAAAUAACAACGUGGCGUACUGGGAUGUGUUAAAGGCGUGUAAAGUAGAAGACCUUGGGAAAAUGGACCUUGAAGAAGAGAUUAAAAAAAGGUUUAAAAUGGUGUACGUGCCAAACUGGUUUUCCGUAGACCUAAAAACCGGGAUGUUGACGAUUACUUUAGAUGAGAGUGACUGCUUUGCAGCUUGGGUCUCAGCAAAAGAUGCCGGGUUCAGCAGUCCAGAUGGAUCAGAUCCUAAAUUGAACCUUGGCGGACUUUUGCUGCAGGCGCUCUUAGAAUAUUGGCCCAGAACACACAUCAAUCCGAUGGAUGAAGAAGAAAAUGAAAUGAACCAUGUGAAUGGCGAGCAGGAGAAUCGAGUGCAGAAAGGGAAUGGCUACUUCCAGGUGCCACCACACACCCCUGUUAUCUUUGGCGAAGCUGGAGGGCGCACUUUGUUCAGGUUAUUAUGCCGGGAUUCCGGUGGUGAAACAGAAUCCAUGCUCCUUAACGAAACUGUGCCACAAUGGGUAAUUGACAUCACUGUGGAUAAAAAUAUGCCAAAAUUCAAUAAGAUUCCCUUCUACCUCCAACCUCAUUCAUCCUCUGGGGCAAAAACACUGAAGAAGGAUCGACUGUCAGCCAGUGACAUGUUGCAAGUCCGUAAGGUGAUGGAGCAUGUCUAUGAGAAAAUAAUAAACCUGGACAAUGAAUCGCAGACCACCAGCUCUUCCAACAACGAAAAAGCGGGAGAACAGGAGAAAGAAGAGGAUAUUGCAGUUUUAGCAGAAGAGAAAAUUGAACUCUUAUGUCAGGACCAGGUUUUGGAUCCAAACAUGGACCUUCGGACGGUCAAGCACUUCAUAUGGAAGAGCGGCGGCGACUUGACCCUCCACUACCGCCAGAAGUCGACGUGAGAGCCAAGCGGCGGGCCCAACUGGUGGCAAA